UUUUCAAAAUAGGACAAAAUGAGCGGCAAUACAAAAAAGGAGUUAAUCCUUUGCGACUAUUGCCAAGUCGCAAAAGAUGGCAAUCAGAUUUACACAAACAGAAAGCAAUUUGCCGGCUGCAGAAUCGUUGACAUUCUACAAAGUGUCACCCAACGCACCAUACCGCUCCCAACAACUGUUAAAUUGUGCAGUCUGUGCGCCUCAACUUUGCAUGCCACAACCGGCACCAUCGCCAGAGCCAUCGAGUUGGUGUCCAAGCUGACGCAGACUGGCAAGAAGCAGAACAUUGAAACAGUCCUUGUUGAAGCCGAGUCAGAUGACACAGACGAGGCAAAGCGAACAAAGCCUGUCACAAACAUUGAUUCACCGGCAGCCAAGGAGCGCAAGUCAAAAGGCGCCGCAACUACCAACGGCACGCCCAUUGUUGACCUGGAGAGCCCCAAAAUGACGCCUGCUAAGGAAAAAGGCACGCCAAACAAGACUCCAGCGACAAAGAAAGGACUCAAAGAACUAAACAGCUCGGCAGUGGGCGUCCAGCAGAGUCCUAGAAAACAGGCUCUCAAAGCAAGUCUGCCACAAACUAGCACACCUGCGGCAUCAGCACAACCGUCCACUCCAAAGAAGGUAGAAGAUUUGCUACAGAAUGCAAUCAAGUUGACGCCCGCCAAGGAUGUGCCCAAAAAGAACAAAGAUUUUAUACAGCUUUUUGGUGGCAACGCUGACAAUGCCAGUGACACCGAGGAGGAGGAUGAGGAAGAUGACGAGGUAACGACAGUCGGGAAGACAGAAAUUAAGAAUAUAGCAACCGGCUUCGAGUGCAAGCUAUGCGACUUUGCAUCCGUCUACCCAAAUCCCAUGAAGAAACACUUGAAAGAAUUGCACGGACAGAAGCGUCCGCGCAUCUACAACUGCAUGAAGUGUACCAAAGCCUUUGGAGUGCUGAACUCCUUAAAGUCGCAUCUGCUGACACACGGCAUAACCGAGGAGAAGGAUGAAAGUGCAGCACCAGACCCACAGCUGGCAGUGCUCACGGCCCUGAAGCCAAAGCCGAAACCUUCCAAUACCGAAUAUACCUUUGCCAUCAAUAACACCAACUCGUCCACACCAAAGCCCGCCGGGGAGCAAGUGCAAGCUACCACAUACCAGUGCGAGAUAUGCCAUCUAGAUUUCAGCGCGGUCAAAGCUCUACAGGAGCACAUUAAGACCGUGCAUAACAUUGAGCGUCCCAAAGCAUUCAAAUGUGAUGCCUGCGAUUCUCAUUUUAUGCACAAAGUCACAAUGGAUCGCCACUACAAGAAGAAGCACUGCGGCGAGGACGACACCAACACUGCGUUGCCUGCUAAAAUAAAAGGUAGACGCAAAACCAUCUCGAUUGUGGUUAACCAGCCGCCCAGCAAGGAAGAGGCCACCCCGCUGGCCAGUUCGCCAGCUAAGAUUACAGGCAGACGCAAAACGAUGGCAGUCGAGCUGAAUGAAACAGAGGAGCCGCCGGCCAAGUUGAAAAGGCAAUCACCACUAAAAGAGCCAAAGAAAUUAAGCGAGUUAAACACUGAGGCAACCCAUAAGGAAGCCAUUGAAGAGCCAGCCUCACCGAGCAAGAGCAAAUCAAAAGUGGACAAGUUGUCCGAGAGCUCAACUGUUGACAAGGUCGCAGGCACGCCCAAAAAACCCAAGAAGCCAUCACAAGUGCUUAAGGAUUUCUUUGCGCCGAAGCUGGCCUCGCCAGCCAAGAGCAAACCAAAGGCCAACGACGGACUGGUCGCGCCCACACUCAGCCAAGAGAACGAGAUCAUAGAGGAGCUGAAUAAUAUGGAUCUGAAUGAUAUUGAUCUGCUGGACUCAUUUGACGUCGACAUGUCCAGCAAAAUGACGUCCAAGAAAGAUGUCGAUACGACAAAGUCAUCAUCACAAAUCAUAGAAAUCGACUCGCCAAGCAAAAAGGUCAAAUCAUCGAAUGAAGUAAAUCCGCUGGAGCCUGUACAGAAGAAAAUUAAGUCCAAGAAAGAUAAAGAUACACUCGAUUCAUCACAAAUUGUAGACAGCAAAGAGAAGGAACUCACAAAUGAUGUAGAUCCGCUGGACUCAUCGCAGAUCGUAUCCAUCAAUGGCACGCCAAAGAAGUCGGGCAAACGCAAGGCAGCCAAACAGCAGGCAGAGGAGUCAUCACAAGCGGACACCGCCGAUGAGGAACUGGCCAGCCCAGUGCAGCUGAAACCGCUGAAGAAAUCGAAGAGCGACAAGCAGAAGAUGCCAGACAGUGAUAUCGAGCUGCUCGACGAGAUCAAUCCCAAUGUCAAGCCGCACAAGCGCACAAAGGUAGACUCGAUGGCGCUCUCCGAGUCGGAGCUGAGCUGCAGCAUGUGCAGCAAGGUGGUUGCCUCACGCAAACGUCUCGAUUCGCAUAUGCUCAAGAAGCAUACCACAAAACUGACAUGCCCCAAUUGCAAGGUGACCUAUAACGACAGCUUGGAGUACGUUAAGCACUUCUCGGUCUGCAACGGCGUCGACGGUCUGCCAUGCGGCUAUAAAAACUGCGAAAAGGUCUUCGCAGCGGCCAAUUUCCUCUGCUCUCACUUGAACAAGAAGCACAAACUCGCGAAGUAAUAUUUGUACACAGCAAUUCAGGCCUUGAAGGAUGCCAAAAUGACUGAAUUUUUAAUGUUUUAAUUUUCUUUUUAACUAUUUGUAAACAGUACAAAACCUCAAUAAUACAAGAAACUAACACGGAAAUGGAAGCCAAUUCCAUUAAGCAAAUAUAUAUGUAGUUUUCAAUUAUAUAUAAGGUUUAUGAUUUUGUAUAUGUAUAUAUAUUGUUUGACUUCCAUAACAUAAACAAUGUAAAUUACAAAGAAAACCAACGACAAUUUGAGAGCAGUUCCUAAAGAGAGAGCACGUUUUUUUUAUAUAUUUAUAUAAAAUAUAUAAAUAUAUUUCCUACAUGCGUUAAAAUAAGAUUUACGAGUAGCCUUAAGACUAACCCAACAAAUAAUGUACGCAGAGCCCGCGCGUAACUAAACAAAAAUAAUGAAAACAAUUUUCUAGU